AACCAGGAAAGUGCAUGUUAAACAAAAUAUAUAAAAAAUUAUUCUCUUUAAACGAACAAUCAACGAUUCGUAUCUAAAUGGUACCAGGGAACGUAUCUAAAUGAUAUCAUUUUAACAUAGUCGUUUUCAGUACGGAUUUUUAACGAUAUUUUGCCAAAAUAUAUUCGAUAAAGAACCAGAUUUCUUUACCUUGCAACAUCUCGCGAUUGUAACACAAAAAAAUAUGAAUAUUACUGGAAUAUGCUAAUAUGUCGAUUCACUAUAAAAAGUUGCGGAACCGUCUGCUACUGUGUAGUUCAACGGGAGACACGGUCGAAGCAUCUUUAGAAUUGUCAAUUUUCGAUACUUUUCAAGAUGAACACCAAAUUGAUCAUUUUCGUUUGCAUAGUGGCAGCAGUGUUCGCUAUGGGCGAAGCCGGCACAAGGGUGCGUCGGUCACCGGGAUUCGUACAUGGAGGCUAUGGAGGCUAUGGAGGUCAUGGAGGUUAUGGGGGUCAUGGAGGUUAUGGAGGCCAUGGAGGUUAUGGAGGUUAUGGAGGUUAUCGAGGUCAUGGAGGUUAUAGAGGUUAUGGAGGUCAUGGAGGUGGAUACGGUGGACAUCAUUAUGUAGUAUAUAGACCCGUCUAUCCCGUCUAUUAUGGAAGACCCGCGUAUGGUGGAUAUGGAGGUGGUGCUGUUGCAACAGCUACUGCAUAUGCCUCGGCCGGAGGUUAUGGCGGUGGAUAUUGAAGUUCAAACAGCUGGAGCAACCAUAUGGGUCAUUUAAACAAUAAUAUUGUUUAUGAAACACGUGGAUUAAUUUGCCAAAAUAUUCCAUUGUGGCGAAUGGUUAAAUUUAUUUUGAAAAAAUAAAUACAAAUUUUUAAAGCA